AUGGAGGUCUCACAAGUCUUCCAACGGUGCACUCGGCACGCCAUUCACCGCUCCACACGAUGCUCCAUACCCAUCCUAUCCUCCAACACCACCCUCAAGCCAAAACCACAAGUCACACACAUCCGAGUAUCGCAACGCCAUGCCUCCUCCUCUUCCCCCUUUACAGCCACAACACAGAAACCCAAGGGCAACGACAACGGCCGACAGUCGCUCCAAGAACUGCUACGAGAGUUCAAAAAGGACCUCCGGGCCGGCACACCAGCCAACGAACGCCUCGAUGCACUGAUGGGCAACCCGCGACGGACAUCAUCAUCCUCGUCGUCGCUCGACGCCUUCAACGACACGCUCGGCGGCGGCUCGCCGAGCGGCCUCACACCACCACGCGACUCGGAGCUCAGUCUCAGCAGUUUCGUCGCCUCGCUGAACCAGGAACACAUCGACCCGUACGCGGACAUCAACCUGCGGCUGAAGCCGUCGCUGGGCCGCACGGUCAAAGUCAUGUCGGGCGACCCAGGCCGUGCGUUCCAGAUGCUGGAGCGGAAAUGCACGCAGAACAACAUCAGGGCGGACGUGCGCAAUCAGAGGUUUCAUGUGCGCAAGGGUAUGAAGGUCAAGAUCCUGAGGAUGCAGAGGUGGAGGGCCCUGUUUCGCGAGGGUUUUGUUGCCGAGUGUGAUCAGAUUCGCAGGAUGAGGAAGCAGGGCUGGUAG